AUGGUCAACAUCACUGGGAGUUUUAUCUCGCCUUCGGCGGACGCGACAGUAUCUCCCCAAUUGAUCGCGUCGGCGGGUUUCUUGGCCGCCAUUCUGGAUGGCCUCACUAUUUGGAAGCUGCUAGGAACUCUGUUCCUUGCGGCCGUUGCCUACGAUCAAUUUAAAUAUCACUACUAUAAGGGAGCAAUUGUUGGCCCUUCCUACAAGAUUCCAUUCAUGGGACCUUUCCUCCAAUCCGUCAAUCCCAAGUUCACCGAAUACAAGGCCAAAUGGGACAGUGCCGAUCUGAGCUGCGUCUCCGUCUUCCACAAGUUCGUCGUUAUUGCGUCUUCCCGUGACAUGUCCCGCAAGAUCUUCAACUCUCCCGCAUACGUCAAGCCCUGUGUUGUCGAUGCUGCGCACAAACUUCUCGGCAAGAGCAAUUGGGUCUUCCUGGAUGGAAAGGCGCAUGUUGACUACCGCAAGGGUCUUAACGGUCUGUUCACUCGCCAGGCUCUGACCAUGUACCUUCCCCGCGUUGAGGAGGUCCUGAACGACAGUUUCAAGCGCUUCUUGGAGAAGUCCGCUGCCCUCAAGCACGAGCCCACUCCUUGGAUGCCCGAUUUCCGUGAGCUCAUGACUGCUCUCUCUUGCCGUACCUUCGUUGGUUACUACAUGUCCGAUGAGAUCGUUCAGAAGGUCGCUGACGACUACUACCUGAUUACUGCCGCUCUGGAGCUGGUUAACUUCCCUAUCAUCUUGCCUUACACCAAGACUUGGUACGGUAAGAAGGCUGCUGACAUGGUUAUGGCUGAGUUCGCCAAGUGCUCUGCUAAGAGCCGUGCUCGCAUGGCUGCUGGUGGUGAGAUUUCUUGCAUUAUGGACGCUUGGGUCAAGGCCCAGCAGGACUCUGCCAAGUACCGCGAGAAGGUUGCCAAGGGUAUUGAGGUUGACUCCUCCGAGAAGCCCGCUCAGGUUCUGCGUGACUUUUCCGACUUCGAGAUUGCCCAGACUAUUUUCACCUUCCUCUUCGCUUCCCAGGAUGCCACCAGUGCCGCCUCUACUUGGUUGUUCCAGCUGAUGGCUGAUCGCCCUGAGGUUUUGGACAAGGUCCGUGAGGAGAACCUUCGUGUUCGCAACGGCGACCGCACUGUUCCCAUCACAAUUGAGCUGCUCGAUGAGAUGCCCUACACCCGUGCCGUUGUCAAGGAGACUCUCCGCUACCGCCCCCCCGUUAUCAUGGUUCCCUACCUGGUCAAGAAGGAUUUCCCCAUCACCGACAAGAUUACCGUCUCUAAGGGCUCUAUGAUCAUUCCCUCCGUGUGGCCCGCCACUCACGACGAGGAGGCCUACCCUAACGCUGACUCCUUCGAACCUGAGCGCUGGAUCACCGGUGAUGCCGAGGCACAGAGCAAGAACUGGCUCGUUUUCGGCACAGGUCCCCACUACUGUCUGGGUCAGACCUACGCUCAGCUGUCUCUCAUGGCCAUGAUUGGUAAGGCCAGUAUAGAGAUGGACUGGGAGCACACCCCUACUCCUCUUUCCGAGGAUAUCAAGGUGUUCGCUACUAUCUUCCCCCAGGAUGAUUGUUUGCUCUCUUUCCGUCCUCGCCCAUAA